GGCGGGGACACGCGACACCCACCCCGCCUCGGCGCCUCCUCCCUCCUCCGCCCAUCGACCGAUCGAUUCUUCGCGGCCUCUCCCCCCGAGUCAGAUCCUACUCAAUCCCCGGCCCAAACCCUACUCGGCCCUCGCGAAGCAGCCAUGAUGGCAGCCGAGCCCUCGCCGUUGUCGGCCGCGGCUGGCGACCUCGAAACCCUCGCCCUCGACUCCUCGUCGUCCGCCGCCUCGGCCUCCACCGACCCCCUCCUCCGCCCGCCUUCCUCCCAGACCGCCGCCGCCGCGAACCACGACGCCUUCGUCAUCGACGACUUCCUCGACGAGGAGGACGACUUCUCCCCCGCCCCGGCGCCCAGCAUCGCCCGCCAUCCCGCGCCGCGCCCCGACGCGGCGCCCCCCGUGUUCGCCAGAAUCACCGUGUCCGAUCCGAAGAAGCACGCGGAGCCCAGCGGCGGGGGUGCCGCCGCCGGCGUGAUCCCGGGCUCCGGGAGCUACUUCACCUACCUCAUCACCACCCGCCUCGCGGGCGGCGGCGGCGGCGGGGAGGUCUGCGUGCGGCGGCGCUUCCGCGACGUGGUAGCCCUCGCGGACCGCCUCGCCGCGGCCCACCGGGGCCUGUUCGUCCCGGCCCGGCCCGACAAGAGCGUCCUCGAGGGACAGGUCAUGCAGCGCCACGACUUCGUGAGCCAGCGGUGCGCCGCGCUCCAGCGCUACCUCUGCCGCCUCGCCGCGCACCCUGCCGUCGGACACAGCCCCGACCUCCGUACGUUCCUCACCGAGCCUGGUGCCAUCCCCGCCUUCCAGGGCGAGGCGCCACGGUACUGGACUACCACGGUGAAUGCUGCUGCUCCGCUAGUGCAGGCCAAAGCUGGGAGGGACUUAUUUGGGAUGUUCAAGGGUCUGAAGCAGACUGUGGUGAACGGGCUGGUCGCAACCAAGCCUCCACCUGUGGAGCAGGAGACAGACACAGAAUUCCUGGCGCACAAGGCCAGGUUUGAGGAUUUACAGCAGCAGCUCACCACAACAUCACAGCAGGCUGAAACACUUGUCAAAGCCCAAGAUGAUCUUAGAGAAACUACAGGUCACUUGGGAAUGACACUGAUUAAGCUGGCAAAAUUUGAAAGAGAGCAGGCCACAUGUAAUUCCCUAAGAAGAAGAGCCGGUGAAAUCCAUAAUUUUGCAAAUCAUGUUUUGAAGAUGAGCAGAUCACAGAUAAAAUUAAACUCUGAAAUUGUGAAACACCUGGGUAGCAUCCAUGAAUACUUGGAGGCCAUGAUAUCUGUCAAUCAUGCAUUUACAGAUCGCUCCAAUGCUUUACAUCACGUGCAAAGUUUGUCAGCAGAUUUAUUUUCUUUGCACACAAGGGCAGGAAGACUUGAAUCUUCAUCAGCAAGAGAUAUGGGGCAUGAGUGGUCGACAUAUCAGAAGGUGGAGGGAUUGAAAGAAACAAUAAGAUCAGCAGAAGCAGCCAAAAGUGACGCACUUAGAGAAUAUGAAAGCAUUAAGGAAAACAACAAGAUUGAAAUAAAAAGAUUUGACAAGGAAAGACGCCGCGAUUUCAUUGAGAUGCUGAAAGGUUUUGUUGUAAAUCAGGUAUCAUAUUCAGACAAUUUUGCUAACAUGUGGACGAAGGUAGCAGAGGAAACAGAAGCGUUGGCGGGGGACGCGCGGGGGCGGGUGUGGGAGAAGCUGGCGGCCGCGAGGGUGGUGUACCUCGGCGAGGCCGAGCUCGAGCCCGACCCCGACGACCGCGCGCUCGAGCUCGAGGUCGUCAGGGGCCUCUCGGGCCGCUGCGCCGACGCCGGCAGGGGCCUGGCGCUCGCGCUCGAGGCGUUCCCAUGCGAUCUACAGCAGCAGCUCGACCAGUUCAUGGACGGCAGGAUUGAUGGCAGAAUCUUAAAGCUGUACACAUCGCACUGGCCGCAGGAGCUCUGGCAGCAGUACGAACCUCUUCUGAAUUACUGUCGUGAUACUGGAAUUAAGCUUAUUGCUUGUGGAACGCCAUUGGAGGUGAAAAAAACUGUCCAAGCAGAUGGGAUUAGAGCUCUCACAAAAGCCGAAAGAGAAGCAUAUGCCCCUCCAGCGGGCUCAGGCUUCAUCUCUGGUUUCAUGUUUAGCUCGGGCCGGUCAUUGAUAGACAAGAUCUCAUCAAUGGACGACUCUCUGUUUGGCACUACCUCAUAUCUAUUAGAACAGGCAAGAGCAGUUGAUGAUUAUACCAUUUCCCAGAUUAUUACGAAAGAACUUAAUGAUGGAGAUCUUUCACGGUUGCUAAUUGUUGUCACGGGUGCAAGCCAUGUUAUGUACGGACCACGAGGAAGUGGUGUUCCUGGUAGAAUAUCUAAAAAGGUGCCAAAGAAAGACCAAGUUGUGGUACUGCUUGAUCCUGAAAGUCAGGUUAUAAGGAGGGAAGGUGAACUCCCUAUUGCUGAUUUCUUAUGGUAUUCAGCAGCUAAACCGUGCACUAGAAAUUGCUUUGACCGUGCUGAAAUUGCUCGAGUUAUGAAUGCUGCUGGUAGGAGGACCAAAGCUUUACCUCAGGAUCUUCAGAAAGGAAUAGAUCUUGGUGUAGUUUCUCCUGAGAUAUUGCAGAACUUUUUUGACCUUGAGAAAUACCCUCUUAUGGCAGAACUGAUUCAUCGAUUUCAAGGUUUCCGAGAAAGAUUGCUGGCAGACCCUAAAUUCCUUCAAAGAUUAGCUAUUGAAGAGGCUAUAUCAAUAACAACCACUCUACUAGCGCAGUAUGAAAGGCGGAAAGAAAGAUUUUUUGAAGAAAUUGACUAUGUCCUCACAGAUACUAUUAGAGGGUCUGUUGUUGAUUUCUUUACAGUGUGGCUUCCUGCUCCUACUAUUUCAGUCCUUCAAUUUGCUGAUGAUGGUUCUGGUCGGAGUUUGGAGUUUGUCAGAGGCCUUUUAGGAUCAUUGCCAGAUAAUGCAUUCCAAAAGAAUAUCUUGGGUCAGGAUUGGAGUAUCAAGCAAAGAAUUGCAGCAGUAUUGGUUGGUGGUUUGAAACUUGCCAGUGUUGGUUUCAUUUCUAGUGUUGGGGCUGGAGUUUCCUCAGAUCUUGUUUAUGCUGCUCGAGGAAUAGUAAAACCUUCAGAAAAAGUGGAAGCAGGAAGGAAGAGAUCUCCUAUUUGGAAAUCGGCAGCUGUUUAUAGUUGCUUUCUUGGAACAUCAGCAAAUUUGCGGUAUCAGAUUAUUGCUGGUCUAGUGGAGUAUCGGCUAGGAGAGAGCCUGGUGACAUACUACAAUCAACCACUUAUCGCCGGUUUGUUGUCCUUCGUUGCGAGGACAUUGAACUCAUACUGGGGAACACAGCAAUGGGUUGAUCUUGCACGGUACACUGGGCUACAGAAGAGUGAGGAAAAGCCUCCUGGUGAGGCCAGCACGCCACCUGAAUCGUGGCUACAGAAGAGUGAGGAAAAGCCUCCUUCUGGUGAGGCCAGCACGCCACCUGAAUUGGGGCUACAGAAGAGUGAGGAAAAGCCUCCUUCUAGUGAGGCCAGCACGCCACCUGAAUUGGCAGACUUGGAUGGUUGUACGAUUGAAGGACAUAAUUUGGAUGACAGUAGUAAUAACACCAAUGAAUCAAGGGGUCCGAGCUAGUGAUUUGGUUACUUUGCGGUGGCUGAAGAUCACAUAGCCUAUACUUUCAUAAACAGUGAAAGAGGCGGCCUUCUACGAGAUUGAGCCUCACUCCUGGGAUCACAAGGAGUGGAAAUUUGAGGAAAUAUUAGCCACAAUCAUUUGUUCAUUUUCCUUUUCAGUGCCCCCACCAGAGUGCAGACACUGUUUCUUGUUUCUAUUUAUAGAGUAAGUAUUGUUUGUACUCUGUCCAUCUGUAAGAACUCUUGCAGUCCCUAGAGGAUUUGCUCAUUUGCAGCAACAAGGGCUGUAGCCUGUAGCAUA